AUGAUUGAGGAGUUUAGGGAUAUGAGCUUAGGGUGUGAGUUGACCUCUAAGAGUAUUAAGUUGGGAGCUUUGAGAGUAACUAAUAGCUUGAUAGAUGAGAUUAUAGAAGGUCAGAAAGUAAAUCCAUUCUUAUUGAGUCAAGUAGAGAAGUUGAACCAAGGUGUUGAGAGUGAGUUUAGAUUUGGAGUGGAUGGAGUCUUGAGAUUUAAGGAUAGGUUGUGCAUUCCUAGUGUGCCAGAGCUUAAAAGAGUAAUCCUAGAAGAAGGUCUGAUGCAACCUUUAGAUGUGCCUGUGUGGAAGUGGGAUAGCAUCUCUAUGUAUUUUGUAGUUGGAUUACCUAAGACUGUGAAGAACUUGGAUGCUAUAUGGGUUAUUGUGGAUAGAUUGACUAAGUCCGCUAUUAGAUAUCCUUUGGAGAGGUUAACCAAGUUAUACAUCAGUGAGAUUGUGAGGUUGCAUGGAGUUCCUGAUAGUAUAGUGUCUGAUAGAGAUCCUAGGUUCACCUCUAGAUUUUGGGAGAAACCUGGAGAGAAUGCCAUGUUAGGACCUGAGAUAGUUCAACAAACUACUGAACAGGUUAAGAUGAUCCAAGAGAAGAUGAGAGCAACCCAGAGUAGGCAAAAGAGUUAUAAUGACAAGAGGAGGAAAGACCUUGAGUUUAAAGAAGGUGAUCAUGUAUUUCUUAAAGUCACACCUUGGACAGGAGUAGGUAGAGCACUGAAAUCCCGUAAGCUUACUCCACGUUUCAUCGGUCCUUAUCAAGUUCUUAAAAGGAUCAGUGAAUCUGACAACAUUCAGUUGAAGGAUAAUCUUACCUAUGAAACAAUUCCUUUAAGGAUUGAUGAAACAAGGGUGAAACAACUAAGAGGAAAGGAAAUCCAUGUGGUUAAGGUCGUUUGGGGAGGAAAUUUUGAAGAAAGUGCUACAUGGGAGUUAGAAAGCAAGAUGCGAGAAGCUUAA